ACAAUAUUUUUCAUUACCCAACGAGUAUAGAAAGGAAAAGUUUUAUAAAUUCGAAAAUAUCGUAAAGCCUACUAAAGACCAUAUAGUCGUUUAAAGGCUUUGCAAAAUGCCCGGAAAAUAUCUAGCCAUUAUAGCCUUAUUGGCCACCUUUUUGGAUUAUACCCUAGCAACCAACUGUACUAACGCCAAUAUUGGCCAACGUCUGCCAGUGCCUAAUAGUUGUUCCAAAUUUCAAAUAUGCUUGCUGAAUCUCUUGACCGUACGAGAAUGUCCCAAAGGUCUCCACUUUAAUCGUGAUUUGGAAGUAUGUGAUCUGCCAGCCAGAGCUGGUUGUGUUGCUCUGGAGGAUUUGCAGACACUUAUAAACGAUGGCUGUGAAGCUUGCGAUUGUAAUGUUUGCUGUACAACAACAGGGACAACGCCAACAUGGACAACACCAAUAACAGGGACAACGCCAACAUGGACAACAGGAACAACCACCCCAUAUUCCACUUGGUCUUCAACACCAUCGGAUGGUACAACAAAGGCAACAACUACGGGAACAACCACCCCAUAUUCCACUUGGUCUCCAACACCAUCGGAUGGUACAACAAAGGCAACAACUACGGGAACAACCACACCAUAUUCAACUUGGUCUUCAACACCAUCGGAUGGUACAACAAAAGCAACAACUACGGGAACAACCACACCAUAUUCAACUUGGUCUUCAACACCAUCGGAUGGUACAACAAAAGCAACAACUACGGGAACAACCACACCAUAUUCCACUUGGUCUUCAACACCAUCGGAUGGUACAACAAAAGCAACAACUACGGGAACAACCACACCAUAUUCCACUUGGUCUUCAACACCAUCGGAUGGUACAACAAAAGCAACAACUACGGGAACAACCACACCAUAUUCCACUUGGUCUUCAACACCAUCGGACGGUACAACAAAAGCAACAACUACGGGAACAACCACACCAUACUCCACAACUGCAUUCCCAACAACAAGCUCAAGACCUACUGGCCAACCUGAUAAUGCGGAAACAACGACAUGCACUUCUGUAACAAUGGAUAGUACAACCAAAUCCAGCUCCCAGACAACAACCAAUACAAGCAGCUCUCAGACAAAAACUCCAACAACAGGAACAACCACCCCAUAUACCAGCACCGCCGGUUCUUCUGUGCCGCCACCAUCCACCGAAGGGGAUUGCGAUGCACCCUGUUGUGGCCAGAUGAAUGGCAAACCCAUACUUGGAGAGACUUGUCAACAAUUUAUCAUAUGCAAUGGAGGACGUGCCUCCGUCUUUGGUUGUCCCAACAAUUUGCACUUCAAUGCCGCCACAGGCUCGUGCGAUUUUCCCGAAAAUGCAAAGUGUUCUAAACCCUAUACACCACCAACGGGACCACAUGCUGGACCCUCUGGUACACAUUGUGCCAAUAAUGGACGUUGCAUAGGUCAGCCAGAUGGCACUCAGUUCCCUAAUGCCCAGAACCCAUGUAGCAAUACAUAUGUGGUAUGCCAAUGCGAGUGUGAAGUUGAACGUUCAUGUGGUGCAUCCUUGAUGUUCAAUAGCCAGGUAGGCGUUUGCGAUUGGCCCAGUAACUUUCAAUGCUAAGAAAUCAUUGUGAUAUAAAGACUAAAAUUUCGAAAAUAUAUUUUUUUUUUUUUUGAAGCGGCCAGGAAUUCGGUUUUUCU